AUGGCGACGCCUAUGGUAGAAGACAGCAACUUCGAAGAUGACCAGCUCUCGUCUAUGUCCACUGACGACAUUGUUCGAGCCUCUCGCCUUCUCGACAACGAAAUCCGAAUCCUCAAGGAAGAGUUGCAGAGAACGAAUCUGGAUUUGGAUUCGUUGAAGGAGAAGAUAAAGGAGAAUCAAGAGAAAAUCAAGCUCAAUAAGCAGCUCCCUUAUUUAGUCGGCAACAUCGUUGAGAUUUUGGAAAUGAACCCAGACGAUGAGGCUGAAGAAGAUGGUGCAAAUAUUGAUCUUGACUCUCAAAGGAAGGGUAAAUGUGUAGUACUAAAAACAUCCACACGCCAGACAAUUUUCCUGCCUGUAGUAGGUCUUGUUGAUCCUGACAAGUUGAAGCCUGGUGAUCUGGUUGGAGUAAACAAAGACAGUUACUUGAUAUUGGAUACUUUGCCAUCUGAGUAUGAUUCUCGUGUCAAGGCGAUGGAGAUUCAAGAACUAGUUGAGGCAAUUGUGUUGCCUAUGACACACAAAGAAAGAUUUCAGAAAUUAGGAGUUCGUCCGCCCAAGGGAGUCCUUUUAUAUGGACCUCCUGGAACAGGGAAAACUCUAAUGGCCCGUGCUUGUGCUGCUCAAACAAAUGCUACUUUUCUUAAGCUAGCAGGUCCCCAACUUGUACAGAUGUUUAUUGGAGAUGGUGCAAAACUGGUUCGGGAUGCUUUUCAACUUGCAAAAGAAAAAUCUCCUUGCAUCAUCUUUAUUGAUGAAAUUGAUGCUAUUGGGACAAAGCGUUUUGACAGUGAAGUUAGUGGGGACCGAGAGGUGCAACGGACCAUGUUAGAGUUGCUUAAUCAGCUUGAUGGUUUUAGCAGUGAUGAUCGGAUCAAGGUGAUCGCAGCAACAAAUAGAGCUGAUAUCUUGGAUCCUGCCUUAAUGAGGUCUGGUCGAUUGGAUCGUAAAAUUGAGUUUCCGCACCCCACUGAAGAAGCCAGGGCUAGAAUCUUGCAGAUCCACUCCAGGAAGAUGAACGUUCAUCCAGAUGUCAACUUUGAGGAACUUGCUCGUUCAACAGAUGACUUCAAUGGGGCGCAACUGAAGGCUGUCUGUGUCGAAGCAGGCAUGCUGGCUCUACGCCGUGAUGCCACUGAGGUGAACCAUGAAGAUUUUAAUGAAGUUUCACCUGGCUUCAAGCCUCAGAACCAAAAACCUACAUGGAGCUUGGUCAUCCUAGAUGAGAUGAAGUUUGGCAUUCGUUAG